UGUCCUGUUGUCAGUGUGUGAGUGUUGUCGCUUUACGCUUAUGUUGAGAAACUAAUAAAAUGGAUAAUUUAUUAAAAUUUACAUAAAUAUCUCUAUUGAUGUUUUAAGUGAAUAUUCAGCAUAGUCAAUCAACAGCUUAGAAGUCAUGGGACCUGUGUUGAAGAAAUCACUUAAACGUGAACGCGUUAAAGAAGAGAAAAUGGAGAAAAAGCAGGUGCAAGGAAGAGAACGACAGAAAAGGUUUCGAGCCAAUCUAAUGAAGAGAGAUAAAAUGGACAGUCCACCAAAUACAAGAGCCAGCUCAUCUGCUGAACCUAUCGGAGAUCAAGAAACACCAGAUCUUCCCCUCGAUGUUGAGGUCAAGGAAGAGUAUGAUAGUGAAGAUGCAGACGAACUGCCAUCGCAGGGCUAUCCGAAGUCAGAGGUGUUGCCGGGACCCAAAGAUCAGACUCUGUACUACGACGGUGUGGGGUUCUACUACACUCAAAUCUAUGAGGAUGUUAAGUGCAGGUGGCUUCAGUGCUACCAUGGUGAUUGCAAGGUUAUGGCUCGCAUGGCUCGACAUGACGGAGCCGCCAUUCACCUGGUGGACAAAUCUGUCGACCACCAACAUCCGCCCAACCCUGCACGGCGCGACCGUCUGCUCUUCCUUCAUUCCAUCAGGACUAGACACGCCGAUGAAGACACACCAUUCAGCACCAUAUUCAAGGAGGAAGCUGCUAAGAAUCCGGUUGGUGCUAGUUUCUUCCCGAUUGACAAGAUCCAGGCUCAUUUGCAGAAGAAAAUUAGCCUGAGUAGCUCUGAAAACCUGUCACAAGAGAGGGUACAGAGUGCUGCGUCUCAAUUAUCCAAGAUAACCAUGAGACCCACGCCUGACAAGGGAGAGGGGCCGGCCGCAAAGAGGAGAAGAUUGAACCAAUAUCAAUCAGAUCAAUCUUCUAAUAAAAAAGUGACCAAUGUGAAAGACAAGUUUGAAGCUGUAUCAGUUAUCUCAACAAAAGCCUCUGAACGGAUGGCAGGUCCUCAUCCGCACUCUUACCUCUACAAGGAUGGCAAUGGAGUUGUCUACAAACCUUUAGCCAUCUCUGGCAACACCCGGUACUUGGCUUGCAACACAAGAGGAUGCAACGCAAAAGCUAAAAUGACACUGGAAGAAAAUGCUCCAAUCAUAAUGGAGAAAAACAGUCCUGCUCACAAUCACUUCGGGGCUGAGGCCCAAGCUAGUAAAGAGGUUUUGAAGUCACCAGCGAUACGUCCUACUAAGAUUUCAGUCACUGAUGAUAAACUGUUACAAACAAUGAAAUCAGCAGCCGUGGUUCUAAACAGAGCUCCUUCAAGUAGACAAAAACCUGUGAAGAAAAAACGUUAUGAAAGAAUCGAGGGUCCAGAAUACUUCUAUGACCACCGAGGGCAUUAUUACUUCUCUACUAAAAUAGAAAAUGACGUGAGGAUACUCCGAUGCCUGUUCCCUACAUGCCUUGCGCAGGCGAUGCUGGCUUUGGAUGAUGACGCAGAAAUAAAGCCGAUAAACGGGAGCCGUCCUCACAAUCAUCGGCCAGACUUCUCUACCAACUACCGUGAGAAGAUGAAAGAGUGGGAAGACCAGUGGUUAGCAGAUAGUUUGCCAUCAGAACGUCUACCCAGCCUGCGUGUGCAGUAUUGCUGUUAUCACGAUGGCAAAGGGUACUACUACCAUCAAACCAGUCAGGCUGACAACAUACGAUAUCUUGCAUGUGUUGAGCCCAAGUGUCCAGUGAAGGCUUGUAUGAACACGCAGAAGGAGGCUCCUAUCACCAUCUCUGGUCUCAGGAUGGGACACAACCACCGUCCUGACUACAUGCUGAGAGAGACGUUGUUGUUCUUGGACGCUGUCAGAGUACGAGCACGCUCAGACAAGUCUAUAUCAUCAGCAAUCUCAAUUGAGGCCGGCAGAAAUCCAGUUGGUGCUGAGAGAGUCAACUUGAUAGCUCUCAAGAAUUGUCUGGAACAAUGUGCCAAGCUUUCGCAGAGUAAGAACAAAGACAUGGCCGAAGAUGAGGUGGAUUUUGUAUCAUGCUUAAAAAUUGAUAAGAACUUACCAUUGAAGCCUUCAACAGAAUCACAAAUUCCUGUCGCCAACCAUUUUGGUUCUGCUAUUUGUUCAUUGGACGAUCCUGUAAAUAAGGAUGAGAAGGGAAACCGAUGCAAAGCAGAAAUGGUCCCUGCUCUAUUCUCAGACUCUUGGCUGUACCAUGAUGGCUGCGGAUAUUACUACAACACCAAGAAUAUCAAAAAUGGCCUCAGAUAUAUGCAGUGUGUGAUCCCCAAGUGUGGCGUGCAGGCCAUGGUCCAUGUAGAAGGUGGACCAGUCAAAACCCAGAAGCCCCACAGUCACGGACCGCAGCCCCCGCAACAUAGCAAGGAACUGUGGUUCCUCCAUAGGAUCAAGGUCCAAGCUCAGAAGAACCCUGAUCUGCCUGUCCUCAAGAUUUAUAAAGAGGUUGCUGAAAAGUUUCCAGAAGCAGCAGCCGUGGUCUCACAACCAGAAGUCAUGCAACUGAUGAACAAGUUCCUGAUCACUAUUUUGAGGACAAAUCCUAAUGAUGAUGACAAAGGAUCUUACAGCUUGCCACGCACGCCUGUGGAAGUGCUACCUACUUCAUCAGGAGAUUUCUUGUAUCACGAUGGACGAGGUUUCUUCUACACCCUGUUUGAUACCUCGGGAAGGAAAAGUGCUCUGAACAGGCUUCUGAAGUGCAGCUACCACACAACGUGUCCAGCCAGUGCUACCCUGGUGGACGGAUAUGUGGAGAUGAACAAAAACAGCUAUCACAACCACAAGCCUAACACCAUACACAGGGACAUUUGUCUCUUCAGUCAAGCUCUCAAGAAACGCACCAGAGACGAAGAGACGCCUCUGUCUGUCAUUUACAGGGAGGAAGCGCAAAGGUAUCCAAAAGCAGCUGCCGUGUUACAGGAAGAUCGACUCAAAUCAAAGCUUAGUAGCAUUCGCAAAUAUGUCAGAAGGGAAAUAAACGUAGGAGCCGAGGAUGAUGACGUUGAUGAAAUUCAAAACAGUGCAAAUCAGAAGAGUUCUACCAGUGUAAAGUCUGAGAUAAUUCCUGGAAAGACCAAAGAUGUAUACCACGAUGGCAAGGGUUAUUAUUAUUACGAGACCUUUACUGAAGACCAAAUAAGAUACCUGAUGUGCUGUGAGCCCCACUGUCUGGCCCAGGCCAAGACGGGUCUAGUUGCGGGGGCUCCUAUAGUGGGGGCCUCGUUGCAUUGUCAUCCCCCCGACCUCCGCCGCAGACAAUGUCUCCUGCUUGUGCACAACUUCAGACAAAAAGCGAACCUUAAAAAUCUCAAACCUGAGAUUAUCUACGCGGGUGAAACUGCCAAAGAACCGAUAGUAGCAGCUCAAAUACCCAAAAUUUACCUUUAUUCAGUGAUCAAAAGUGUGCGUUUCCCUGAAAUAAAGGAUCAAGACACACAAACUGCUCAGGAUAGCAAUGAGGAUGAUGAGUUGUGGUCAUUCGCCGAGCCGUGUGAGAGACUACCAAGUGAACAUGGCUGGCUGUACUUUGACGGCAAAGGCUAUCUGUACUACUCACACGACACUGACAGCACAGGUCACAGGAGACAGCUGAAGUGCUGUGAGGAGGACUGUGACUCGACGGCUACACUUGAUGACAAGCAGUGGCUGUCCCGAGCCCCGGGGAGCGUGUUACACAACCAUCUGCCUGACCGUCGCCGUCGCUCCAUGCUCAUGCUUCUCCACAGAGUAGCGGUGAGAGCUCAGACGGAGCAAUCCAGUGUGAGAGACAUCUUCAACAGCGAGGCUCACAGAGAUCCAAGAAGUGCAGAACUAAUUCCAAGAAAUAAACUUAACGAGACUCUCCAGGUUUUGACUGUCAGAAAAUAUUUCAAGGACUUGGAAGAGGAAGAACUUGAUCAGAAGGAAGAGACUAGCGAGAAAAAAUUCAUGUUUGAUGGGGUCUCGGAGUGUAUAUGUGAAGAACUAACCUCAGCCAGUUCAAACCAACAGAUCUACCAUGACAACAAAGGUUAUUACUUCAUCAAACUGAGCACACCUUUAGACAGGCGGUAUGUGAGGUGCUUGAUGCCUCUGUGUACAGCCCGAGGCUUCAUACUGCCCAACGAUCCUGACAAACUGCACAUACCUCAGGUGUGGGCCGAACAUAACCACAAGUCCGACCUGUGCUUCAGAAACAAGCUCCUGUUCAUCAGCAACCUUCGGAAACGAACACUCGCUGAGAAUACAUCGAUCGAAGUCAUUUACGAAGAGGAAAGUGAAAAAGAGCCUGUUGGUGCAGAUCAAGUUGACGAUAUCUUUAUAAAAACAUUUAUGCAUAAACUGAGAAAAUCCAAAAUUGUUGGGGGUGACUUACAAUUAUUUCCUUUUGAAGAUUUCCCUGAUGAUUGCCCUCAGCAAAGAGCAACAAGUAUUCCAGAACAAAUUCCUGGGCCAUCUACACCAGUUGGAAAUGAUCACAGAGAAGCUAUCAACAAAAAAACACCUUGUCAGAACAAGGUUGUUGAGAUAUUCAAAAAAACGCCUCGUCAGAACCGUUUUGUGGUUCAGAAGAAGAUUUUUGUCAAUGUGAAAAAAGAAGAUAAUGAUAGCGAUGAAUACACAGAAGAAGAGUAUUUGGAAGAGGAGAAGCUGGAAGAGAUAAUAACUUUGCAGCCUAGCGAACAGCUGGUCCGGGCUUGCAUGGAGACGGAGAGUGAAGAUGAUAAUCGUAAAGCACCAAUGAAGAAUCAAGGAGCAUUGCACCCUGCAGAGAUGCUAUACUCUCGUACUAACAGUAUAUGGUACUACAAUGGAGAGGGGUAUUACUACCAGGUCAAUAAUACGAAGGAAAAUAACAUGUAUGUGAAAUGCACCGAGCCGAAAUGUAUGGCACGAGGGUUGAUACAGUUGGAUAAAGACGAUGCUCCGAUCAUUCCCUCUGCGACUAUGCACAACCACGAGCCCGACUACGCUAAACGUGAUCUACUGGUGUUCAUUCAGAGGUGUAAAGAGCGAGCGGCCAGGGAACUGCACUUGACUGUUAGACAUAUAUUGGAAUCUGAGCUAGAAAGAGACGAUAAAGUGGAUAUCAAGUAUGCCGAUAAGAAGAGGAUUGAAGCUCAAAUAAAGAGAUAUAGAAUUGCAUUUAUUUCUGAAACACCAAUGAUGGAAGAGGAAAGCCAAAGCAUUGCUGAGGAUUGCACUUCAUUCAAAGAUAUGACUGCCAGAGAUGAUUCAAUCUCUGAUCCUGUCAAGGAAAUCGAGCUUCAUGUGGGUUCAGUACCUGAGAAGGUCCCUUCCCUGGUUGGAGACUCCCUAUGGCAUGCUGAUGGUUACUACUACUCACCGCUUACAACAAACGUGACUCCUGAGGAAGUGAAGUGUGUAGAGAAGGUGUGUAAGGCACGAGCUGUAGUGACUCUGGGAGACAGAGGUCAACCACUCAGUAUCAGACUGUCUGAAGGAACAUUACACAAUCAUGGGCCAGACGUGGAGCGCAAGGAUCAGCUGAUAUUUAUCGACCGAUGCAAACGUCGAGCAGCCACCACAUUGCAGUCAGUAGAAGAGAUCUACUAUGACGAAGCAGCCAAGGCCCCAGAGGUUGCUGCUCAGCUGAGCGGGGUGAGAGUGAAGAGAGCCAUGGCUGUUGCGAAGAAGGAAAAGUUGAAAAAAGGCAUUAAAUUGGAGAGUAAGGACCAUGGAAUGUCGGAGCUUGGAGAGAUGGCGAAGUUAUCUCAAACAUCGACGACAUCAACACCCAACGUAGAGUCGCAAGAACCGCAUUCUGAUGGCGGAGUUAGUGAACAUGAUACACAAGAUGAUCUCUAUGCCCCAGAUACAAGCUAUUCCAGUGAAGACAAUUCUAAAAAGAAGAAAGCUGUAAAAGAAAGGCAACAGCGGUUUAAAAAGAAGAUACCAGAUAAUAAAAUUAAACUUGGACCGCAGAAGAAAGAACUAAUAUUACAAAAGAUUAAAGAAGCUACGAUAAAUAGUGAACCAAAAUCAUCACCGAAGCUGGGACCCAAGUUUGUUAAACAACUUGUUGAACCUGUUGAUGAAGAAGAGUCUUACGUAGAAGAAGAGACGCUAGACGACACAUAUUCUGACUAUGUGACGCUUGAAGAGGAGCUGGAAUACAAUGACAUGGAGGAAAACAUUGCCGAAGAAGAGGAAACAGGAGAAGAGAACAUUGCCGAUUCAACUCAGAGCCAAGACACCAACAAGAUUGAGCAGCCUUCUCACCUGGUUCAUGGAAGGUUAAUGAACAGUUUCUGCUAUCACGACGGGAAAGGUUUCUACUACGACACCCCCAGCGUUACUGGUGGCCUCAGGUUGAUGAAGUGUGUGAUAGAGGGAUGUCCCGCUAAGGGUUGUAUGCAGGCAGGGGAUGACGCCCCCAUCAACCUGGCGCCCCACAGCCCCGCUCACACUCACCCCGCCGACCCGUUACAUGAGCAGCAGCUGCGGUUUAUUCAGAAGUGCGAAACUCGCGCACUCAACAGUGAUGAUCCCCUGGAGAAUAUUUACGAGGAGUUGGCUGAAGAAGACCCAGAAACGUCUUCUAAACUGGUGAAGGAGAAUUUGCUGUACAAGAUGAAAAGAGUCAGAGAUAACAGUAAACCUCAGAAAAGAACAUCUAAACCAAAAGGAAUGAAAUCUGAAGAGUUGCCUGGUUUCCGUCCAAACUCAACGAUAUUCCAUGACCUGAAAGGAUAUUACUAUCUCUUAAAUAACUUGAGAGACAACAAAAGAUACAUGAGGUGCAUUGUACGAUCGUGUAAAGUGCGAGGAAUUAUGCAGUCACACAAAGGUGCUCCGAUACGCACCGGUUCCCAUGUCAAGCACAGCCACGGACCCGACCUGCAGCAUAGAAACUUCAUACUCUUCCUUCAUAGGUGCAAAGAACGAGCCACGAACGAAGAAAUACCAGUGAUGCAAAUAUACAGAGAUGAGUGUAAAAAGGAUCCGAUGUCAGCCGCUCAGAUACCUUCACACAACUUAUACAAGAGAAUGAAUCGACUUCGCAGACUUGCACAGAUUUCCAGACUGACAGAUCAGGAUCAAACUGACUUUGUCGAAGCGUGCCUCUCUAAUACAUCGGCAACAGACAGCCAACCUCAUGAGCUCAAGCAGGAAGAUGCAUCUGAAUGCUUUUCAGAGGCUGAUUCAGAGGACAAUGAACUGGUUGAGGAGAAGCCAGAAGAACUACUGCUGCCAUCAGAGGCUCUGCCCGCCCGUCGACCCAACACCACCAUGUACCAUGAUGGACGAGGCUACUAUUUCAUCUAUAACAACCAUGGCGAGAAUGUCUGGUACAUGAGAUGUGUAGAGCCCCAUUGUAAAGUUAGAGCUACCAUGAAGGCUGUAGAAGGCAGUCCUAUAGUGCAGACUUCCAACACUGUACACAACCACAGACCGGACUACAAGCGGAAACAGUUCAAUCUGUGGAUGACCCAAGCGAAAAACCGAGCAGCCACGGAGCUUCACAAAACCAUCCCCGAAAUAUACAAGGAGGAGGCCGCAAGGGAUCCACAAUCUUCAAGCAUGAUUCGCCCGAGCAAUAUGAGAGCAAGACUGCAUAGAGCAAGAAGAGCCAACGCAGCAGAUUUGGAAGGUUUACUAGCUGAAGGUGGUGAUGCUUAUGAAGUACCAAAUACAGAGGAAACAACGGUGACGGAUGCAGAAGAAGAACAAGAAGUAAACAAAUUUGAUACACAAGUUAAGACUGAAGAAUCACAAGAUGGCAACACUGUUUACCAAACCGACACUGUGGAUGAGAAGCCUGUUUAUUUUGAUGACAAGGGGUUCUCAUAUCAUCAGACGACUGUCAGAAACAAUUUGAGAUAUUUGAAGUGUGUGGAGGCAGAGUGUAAAGCGAGAGCAAGCAUGGGUCUGAACGAGGACUCUGUGAUUCACCUGAGCAAGCAGGCCAGCCACCACAACCACCCUGUGGUGUUAGAGCAAGAGUCACAGUUGGCAAUGCUGUUAGAACCAUCCCACAUACCAGUCAUCUUUACUGAUGAAAUUGGAAGGGAGCAAGUUGCUAUGUGUCACAUUGUGAAUGAAACUGUGGAACAACCCAAGCGACCGUACAAGCAGAGGACCAAGUCUCAACUGACGAUCGAUCCAGAGGAUCUUCCCCUGGAUACGUCCGCACUGAGUGAGGUGGAUGAGGCCGCAGGAGACUAUUACCACAAUGAAGACCAGCAAAAGUUCCCUCUGAAGCCAUCAGAGGUGAUUCCUGGACUACGGCCUGAUGCUAAUAAUUAUCACGAUGGAAAUGGAUUCUACUAUGAACUAAAUCGCCAUAGUCCCAAUAUAAGGUAUCUGAAGUGUGUGAACAAAGACUGCAAGGCCAGAGCGUACAUGGAGCUGCAUAAGGAGAACGCACCCAUCAUCCAGACCAACUAUGCCAGCCACAACCACGGACCGGACCUUAGCCGCAAACGGUUCACAGUGUUCCUACACCGCGUGACUAGACGUGCAGCCGAGGAGGACACUCCGAUAAACACUAUUUACCAACAGGAGGCUGACAGAGAUCCAGUUUCGGCCAGCCAAAUAAGGAUGAAGAAUGUCAAAUUGAGAAUGACGCGGUAUAGGAAUAAGCAUAGGCAGAAUAAAACUACAAACGCGGACGAUUCAACAGUCGCGGAAACGGACAUGGACCAAUCGGAUAUAUCAGUCUAUCGCUAUUUCACAGAAAACCAGAAACCCGAGUUAAAAAUGGAAGAGAAAGACAAUGAGAUGGAGGACGGAGAGGAAGAAUUGUACGAAAGCUAUGUGGUCAAUGAGGUAGAGGUGGAGUCUCAACAAAACAGCUGAUUGAAGAGAAGAAGAAGGAAAUUGGAAGGAGGGAGAAAGUCGAGCCGUUAGUGAGGUCGGACCUGACCACAGGUGGUGCGGAAUCCCCUUCUACCAAAAACGUAGCAUCCAAACAGUACUUACUAACAAGAAUCUCAAUGUAUAGUUGUAUUAUAGGCCUAUACGUUCCCUUUUUUCUUAUUUGAUUACUGACGUAAAAUUCACAGACUUCUAAAAUUUUUUGUAUUUUACUCCAAGAGGUGUGGGCCCUGUGUGGCCUGUUCUAUUCUAACAUCGGAAGAGCUGAUUUUCUUGUACCUUUUGAAGGCCAAAUCUGUUGACUAAAUACUGUGUUUAUGUUGGUUCUCUAAAACAUUUUAAUCUACUAAAACACCUAAAACAUAUUUUUUGAUUGCCAAUUUAGAGAAUUAAUUCUGAACUUGUUAUAAAUGUAAUGUAUUCAUAAUCAGUUUUGGAAAUUGAUUAUUUAUACCAGUAUAUCU